AUGGACUUAUUCCAAGAGGAAAAUAAAAAGUUGAAAGGCGAUCUCUUAGAAAUGAAAUCAAAACAUCGAGAAUUGGAGAUGGAAUACAAUGGAACAAUAAGAAAAAUCAAUGAAAAGGAUGUGACCAUCCAAAAUUUGGAGCUGCUGAAAACAAAUCUGCUGAAGGAGCUGGAGAAUGAACGUGUCAGAUUUGACGCUGUAACAUCCGAGUUGGACAAUCUCCAAGUGGAUUUUGAUUCUAAAACGAAAACUACCGUAGCCGUUGAGAUGACUGUCAAGGAGCUGAAGCGACAGAGGGACGAAAUUAGCAAAGAAAAAGAGGACCUUUCAAAACAUUUGGUGGAGUUGUCACGUCGAUUGGCAUCCGAAAUUAAACGGGGAGACGACGCGGAAUACAUAAUGCAACAGAAUAUGAACGACAUUGGACGAAUGGAGGGCGACUUGUUGGAUAAUGAGAAGCAAAUCCUGGCGUUGAGGCAACAAAACGACGAGAGCGACACAAAGUUAGCGACUCUCAACGCGAAAAUUUCGAACUUGGAAAAUUGCCAAGCGUCCAGCGCUCGCGAAAUUCAGAAACUAACUGAACUGAACGCAAAACUACAGCAGGAGAAACAGGAUAUCAUGAGUUUGAAACAAAAGUGUGACGUCAUGGUGGAUUUGCUGAAAGAUAAACUGCGCAAAAUGGAUGUUGAAAUGGAGAAGCUGAAAGGUGAAAAUAGAGAGCUGCAAGAGCGCGAAGAUGCAGCGCAAAAACAGCAAAAAGAAGACGCCAACAAAGUGCAUCAGCUGGCGAUGGAGCUGAAAGAGGCGGGCGCGGAAAUUCAAGAGCUCGAACGAAAAUUGGCGCAAGUGGCUGAAGAUGAUCAAUUAAGAUUGCAACAAACGCGACAGGCAUCUUCAGGUACUCGGGGCGAAUUUUACAGAUUUUAA